AUGCUCAAAGGCGAGGACGCGGUUGUUAGGUAUGCGAUUUCAUCUGGGCUGAUCAAUCUGGAUGAAAGCAGUGACGAGAAUGGAGAGGAGCCAGAUGAAAACGUCCGCCCUUCUCAAAUUGACUGCUCUUUGAUGUUGUCCACGCCUACGCUGGAUGCCCUGUUUGAUGGCAUCAGUGAUGCAGACAAGGAGAUCGCCGGAGCUGAUACAGAAGUGACUGCACCGACCGUGGACACCGCGCAACAGCCAUCGGGUCAGAUCGAGCUAUCAGACGAAGAUGUUGUCGUUGGCGCGUUCCAGCGAAUGCUGGCGGAAGCUGAAUCCGAAGGACACGUCCAUCUUUCGAACAACGAGAGCAAGCACGAUGAUUCAGAACACGUGGAAAAGUCUCCACCCGGUCCACGUUAG